UCCUCGCUCUCUCCCUCCCUGUGAAGCGAACAGGGGGGAGAGGAUCAUUAAAAAAGCCAGGAACGGCGACAGUGAUAGCGCCUGCGGCUCCGGCGCCUGUGCGCGAUCCUCCAACACUCGCACCAAUGCGCGCGCUCACCCAUCUCCGCCAGACACCACCGCAUCACACCACUGCGCCCGCAGUCUGAUAUUUACCCCCCAUUUUAUUGUUGUUGUUGUUGUUGAGCAUCCGACAUACGACCAACCAUCGAGACGUAAACACUUUCAUUUCAACCCCUUAUCUGAAUGACGGGCGGACGGUUCGACUUCGACGAUGGCGGCACUUUCUGCGGUGGAUGGGAGGACGGAAAAGCCCACGGACACGGCAUCUGCACCGGCCCUAAGGGCCAGGGCGAAUACUCCGGGUCCUGGUCCAACGGGUUUGAGGUAGUCGGAGUGUACACCUGGCCCAGUGGGAAUACGUACAAGGGCUACUGGGCUCAGGGGAAGCGGCACGGGCUCGGCGUGGAGUCCAAGGGGAGGUGGCUGUACCGCGGGGAGUGGAGUCACGGAUUUAAGGGUCGGUAUGGGGUUCGCCAGAGUCUCAACACACCUGCCAGGUAUGAAGGCACAUGGAGUAAUGGACUGCAAGAUGGAUAUGGGGUCGAAACAUACGGGGACGGGGGUACAUACCAGGGCCAGUGGAUGGGCGGCAUGCGACACGGCUAUGGCGUACGUCAGAGCGUGCCUUACGGCAUGGCCACUGUCAUCCGCUCCCCACUGCGUACCUCACUGGCCUCCCUCCGCAGCGAGCAGAGUAACGGCUCUGUCCUACACGACCACAUGUCUGACAGCCCUGCUGGCACCCGCGGUGGCUUUGUCCUGAACUUCCACAGCGACAGCGAAGUGGUCUCAGGCAAAAAAAAGGGCCUCUUCAGACGGGGUUCACUAUUUGGGAGCCUCAAGCAGCUGAGGAAGUCCGACUCCCGCUCCUCCAUAUCCAGCAAGCGCAGUUCGGCACGAAGUGACGCCACCAUGAGCCGCAUAAGCUCUAGCGACGCAAACUCCACCAUUAGUUUUGGUGAUGGAGAGGUGGCAGACGAGUACCUGCCGGCUGAGGACAAUGUCGAUGCCACCACAACCGAGUCAUACAUGGGCGAGUGGAAGAAUGACAAGCGGAAUGGUUUCGGAGUCAGUGAGCGCUCCAAUGGGAUGAAAUACGAAGGGGAGUGGAUAAACAACAAACGGCAUGGUUACGGGUGCACCAUGUUCCCUGAUGGGACGAAAGAAGAGGGGAAGUACAAAAAUAACGUUUUGGUGCGUGGUAUCAAGAAGCAGCUUAUUCCCCUCAAGAACACCAAGACGAAGCAGAAAGUGGACCGUGCCGUUGAAGGAGCCAUAAGAGCAUCUGCCAUUGCCAGAACAAAAGUAGAAAUUGCCACCUCAAGAACCGCACACGCCAGGGCCAAAGCAGAGGCAGCUGACCAGGCCGGCCUGUCCGCCAGCCAGGACUCUGAUAUCGCCAGAGCAGUGGCCAGAGAUCUGUCCCCCAACUUCCAUCAACCAGGCCCUGACUAUAUCAAGCAGAGGUUCUCCAGUGAGCCCAUUGAGAUUAAAGAAGUACCAGAAGAAAAGAAAGAGAAAUCGCCUUCAGGAAGUCCGCACUUUUAUCGCAAAGGCACAACCCCAAACCAGUCCCCUACCCAAAGUCCCGGUCCUACACCACCUCCCUCACCCCCCCUCAUCAAGAAAAAGCCCUUCUUUAACAGAAGUGCCCCAAAAGCCAUCAAAGAAAACAAGCCCCCUGCUGCCGAAAGCCUGGCAGUGGGUGUCACCAAGGCUACUUCCAGGAUAUCAGACAAGCAGGAAGUACAACAGGAGAUAGUACCCGUAGCCAAACCCUCCAAGCCGUCGGCGCCGGUCGCCAAUGCCUCCAGCCCUGGGAACGGUGAGCUGCACUCCCAGUAUCACGGAUACUUUGUGAAGGCUGAGGUGAUGAUGCCACCUGAUGAUCAUGAGGAUGAAGAACACCAUGUAACGUCGACUGCUCUUACCAGGAUGCCCCCGCCAGCAAAGCAGUACCGUGCACCGACACCCAAACCAGUAAUGGCCAAAGAGAGCAAACCCGAGCCCAAACUGAAGAAACAAGAAUCAUUGAAGCCAAAGAGCCUAGCAGAAACUAAGAAAGCCAGCAUGGAAAUUACUACUGACAUUGUUGAGGAGGAAUCAGGUCCCAACUCAAUAUUGGUCAUUCUAGUGAUGCUGAUAAAUAUUGGACUGGCAAUUAUUUUUGUCCAUUUCCUCACUUGACGGAACAUUUCACUCAGUGAGCUCAUGAAAACUAGCGGCAUAGGCCCCUAAUUCUCCGCAGUUGCGUCAAUGGCCUUUAAAACAAAAUGGCGCCAGUCAGACUCAGACACAGGCAAAGGACUGGACGACUGGAAUUAGAGCAAAUCAUGGGAGAAAGACGAAACCCGGACCAUUCGGCCUGAGCCAACCCAGUUCCUCUGGCGAUGAUUUGUGACUCGCUUGGGCUCUGAAAGCUGAAGCAAGCAGUCGUUGGGAAAGAAAAAGAAUCUGCUGAUCCAAGCCGUACCCAGUCAAGUGCAUGUCCACCCCGCUGCUAUGGGGAGGGGUGGAAUGGGGGGACUUAACUGGAUAUGUUCGGAGAUGCACUUUUAGUUGACGGAAGCAAACAGCUGCCUUACUAUUUUACCAACUGACGUUUUAAAGGGGAGAUGUGCAGUGGGUUGCCAGUGUGUUUGAGCAGCAGGAGUGUGUACCAGUGUCCGCUUUCCACUUGGUUCAAAACACCAUGCACAUUUUGAAAGGGUCACUUGCCAGUCUUAUUCCAUUACCCAUCUCUACAGCCUUGUCUAACAUCUACUCCUGUAUUAGGAGAUUCAUCCAUGACAUGCCUGUGCAUGGUACUGGUUUAACGACUUUGUCUUGACUAUUUUUUGUGUUUGUUUUUCUUUCUGUUGUGUUCUUUUUUUCUGCACCUGUAGCUAAAGAUUCUGUUGUAUCUAGUCUGCUGUAUUCUCAUUCUCGGAAAUACAAACCUUAAAAAAAAUAAUAACAGCAUGUUACAGUUGUAACUGUAAGAUUUAACAUGUCCUAUGGAGAAAACAAAAUAUUAUUUAUUUAAAUAUCGGCUCUUGAAAAAUACAAGUACAGUGCGUGGUUUGAUUUAAAAAAAUAUAUUUAUUUGAAGUAUUAUUGUAAAAUGGUGUGUGUGUGUGUGUGUGUAUUUUUCUUUAAAAAAUAGAGAGAGAGUAUGUUUGACAUUGUACUUACUGUAGGGUAUAAUGCAUGGCUUUUAUUUUUUGAGAAAUGACUAAAUGUUACAUUUUGCACCUUUAAUCUUCACGGCCUGAUACUGUGCCCUUUAACCCCCCCCCCAAACCCCUCGCACUACCCCUUAACUUGACAUGUGCAGAGCGGUACCUGCCUCAAUAUUAUGCCUGCAAAAUUGUGUUGAAUACAUUCAGGUCGACCCACUGGUUAUAAAUGCGAAUGUAGAGAUGGUUGCCUUUUAAAGAAUUUGUAACAGUGUUAUAGUUUACCUCAGACAAUAUGUGGUUUUUGAAAUGCUGUCUUAAUUAGGAAUUUUGUGGAAAUCUGCUGUUAUUCUCCAUUAUUUUGGUCUGAUGGUGCAUGAGGAUGUGGUUGCAAUUAAUGUGCACAUGGUGCGUUUGCACCAGUAUUUAAAUGACAAAUGUAUACAUAUAAAUAGAUCUAUUUUAUAUACAAAGUCAGAAUAUAUUUAGUCAACAGUUGGACACUAAAUGGCCUUGACUAAAAUUACAGCACAGCAUCUUUUGCUGAUUGAUUCGAACAUCCUGCGUGCAUGUUGUAUUUGGUGGCCACGGAUGUGUGAAGCAUGAAUUUCACCAGUAACAGGGUGACUGUUUUUACAGAGGUUUUGUCAGACUGCGAGAGUAUGUGAGAGGGAAGGAGGAGGGAAGAGAAGAGCAUCAGAAUGGAUGAUGGCUUGUCAUUUGACAAGAGAGAUUAAUCUUCAAAUCUAGAACAGACUUAUUUUUAAAGAAUUAUUUCUUUUUUUCCUUUUUGUGGCAGGGCGAAACACCUUUGAUUUACACUCAUUGGCUAUGUACAUGGCUAUUUUUAAUUUGUUUUGUUUUCUAUUUCUGUUUAUAUACCAUCCUGACCUGAUACAUAUUAGAUGUAAUUAAAAGUUCCCCAUGAAAUUUGGCAUUUGUUAAACCAAUAAAGAUUUGUGUCAUUUUG